AUGUCAGUUCCGUCCACGCCGCAGCGUACGGCUACUGCCGAGCUGCUGCUCGUAUCGCCGAUAGCACUCAGCGGCCUGGCCCUCUCCUCUCCAAGACAGCGCAGAAUCACGCCGACGGCUGAAGCAACGUCACCGAAGAGAAUCGCAGUUAUCACCCGCCCUGGCGCCGUGAGCCCCCUCCUCAAUAGUAUCAGUCGGUCAAGCCUCCCGAAUCCACUUCAUUGGCCUUGUACGGUCGAGCUGGCUCACAUCGACCAGAGACUGCCGUUAUAUAAACGCACCUUCACAAAUCCACUUUUCCAAGGCACGCCAGCACAGGGUCUGCAGUGGCCAUCGCCAGUGCGACAUAUCAUUUUGCCGUUCGACCUCCGAGACCGGCCCGAAGACGUCCUUGAGCCCGAAAAGCGAGAUAUGGUGCUAAGCAUCUUUCCGGGGACGACCGGUGUUGCGUCCGACGGCUACUUUGGGGUUUCUUAG